CCGGAUGGAUGCCUGAAUGGCGGAGCAUGGAGCGAUGUUUCGGAGACGUGCAGAUGCUGUAAUGGAUUCGUAGGGCUCCGCUGCGAGAGAUAUGCAGAGUCAUGUUCUGAGCUAAUGGCAUACGACUAUGUGACAUUUAAUACUAAAACGUUUCUACUCUCACCUGGCUUCUCCGCACCUUUCCAAACCAAUUGCGCGGUGCUAAAGGCGGACGAAAUUCGCACGGACAUCGUGCACCAGACAAUAGGCAAUGCUAUCAAUAAUACCCGAACGUGGAGCGAGUACGUUGACGGAUACUACGCCCCGGAAAACAACAGCACGGAACGCGACUUUUGGCUCGGUCUUGAAAAAAUCCACUAUCUCAACCAAGGAGGCAAUCUGACGAAAUUGAUAUUCGUCCUCGAUUUCGGCUUGGCAAAUGACUCGUUUCGAGUAAAAUAUGACGAUGUCGUGAUAGGAGGGCCUGAAACACACUACUCUCUGAGCUACGGGCAGGCGAGGAUUGUCACAAACAACAACAAUUUGCCGUUUUCGAUUUGCAUGUCUCCUAACACGCCGACGCCAUUUUCUACCCCGGAUGCAGAUCACGACCAAGAUCCAGCCGUUAACUGCGCAGGCGCAGCAGGGGCCGGCUGGUGGUUUCGGAAUUGUAAUUUCAGCACUGAGUGCAACCCGCUGGGG